UAUUUACUUCCGGUUUACGCCCGAAUUUAGCUGCAUGCUUUUUUGCCGUGUUUCCUGCAGUUUCGCAUUAUGAAGAUUGUUACUUGGAACAUAAAUGGCAUUAGGACUUUUAAAGGAGGUAUCAAACGUGCCCUCGAUUUGCUGGAUGCGGAUAUUAUAUGUGUUCAGGAAACCAAAGUCACCAGAGACCUGCUCGAUGAAAGGACUGCUAUCGUUGAGGGUUACAACUCCUAUUUCAGCUACAGUCGAGGACGCAGCGGCUACUCGGGAGUUGCAACUUACUGCAGGGACAGUGCUACUCCGCUGGCAGCAGAGGAGGGUCUCACGGGCCUGCUGACCAACCAUGAAGAUGCUGUGGGUUGCUAUGGAGACCAAACUGAGUUUUCAAGCGAGGAGCUGCAGCUUUUGGACAAUGAAGGACGAGCCAUGAUCACAAAACACAGAAUUAUGUGUCAGGACAAAGAGGAGAAAACACUCACUGUAAUUAAUGUAUACUGUCCACGGGCGGACCCUGAAAAGCCAGAGCGAAAACAGUUCAAGCUGCAGUUCUAUAAGCUGCUGCAGUGUCGGGCUGAGGCCGUACUGAAAGAUGGGAGCCAUGUAAUCGUUUUGGGUGAUGUGAACACAUCUCAUCGACAGAUCGACCACUGUGACCCUUGUGAAACUAAUGACUUUGAUGAAAACCCUGGGAGGAAAUGGUUGAAUGACUUUUUGCACAACAGCAGUCCAGAAGACCCCGACGAUGAAGAACCCAAAGAACUAUCAGAACUGAAGAAUCCCACCAACCCUGGAAGAUUUGUGGACACCUUCCGCCUUUUCCAUCCAACCCGUGCUAACGCCUUCACCUGCUGGUCCACUCUCACGGGAGCACGCCAAACCAACUAUGGCACGCGCAUUGACUACAUAUUUGCAGACUGCAAGCUGGCAGAAGAACAGUUUGUGGCCACCGACAUCAUGCCAGAGGUGGAGGGGUCCGACCACUGUCCUGUGUGGGGAAAACUGAGCUGCUCUCUACUUGCGAGCUCCAAGCCUCCUCUGCUCUGCACUCGCUAUCUGCCAGAGUUUGUCGGAAAGCAGCAAAAAUUAUCCCGUUUUCUUAUCAAGAUGGACCAAAAAUCCAGUCAGCCUGAGCAGAAGAGCGUUUUACCUGCAUCUCAAGACGAUGACGAGAGGAGAGAGAAUGUGAAUCCAUCUGGAGCCAAUAAAGUUUCAGACAAAAAGCGUUCGUUAGCAUCCGACUCUGUCCUUCCAAAGGGGAAAAAGACUAAGACGGUCAAUUCGUCUUUAAAGCCUCAAGGGAACCUGCUUUCCUUCUUUAAACCAAAAGUCACCAAUGUUAACCAUCAGGAAAAAGAAACUAAACUUACUUCACCACAAGGCGACCAGAAAGUAGAAACAUCCAGAGACUCAUCGUCAACUGCUGCUGCAGAAACCGAACAUGCAUCCAAUGCUUCGUUGGACACAGACAAACGGAAGAAAACCGCCUGUCAGCCCACUGCUGCACUGUCAAAAGUGGCGUCAUCCGGGUUCUGGAAGUCAAUCCUGCACGGCCCGCCCACAGCCCCCAGCUGUAAGGUCCACGGGGAGCCGUGUGUGCUCCGAACGGUGAAGAAGGAGGGGCCAAACAUGGGCAAACAGUUCUUCGUGUGUGCACGUCCUCAGGGACACGCCUCCAACCCCGAGGCGCGCUGUAAUUUCUUUGAGUGGGUUAAAAAGGAAAAGUGACAUUCACUGUAAUAAAAAAAAAAUGUUUACUGUUUUUACAUUAUAUCCUGAACUGAUAUUUGUUUUCCCAUUUGAUGUUUUUUACAGUAAUAUUAUGGAUAUUUGAAAAAUGUAGAUGAUUUUUUUUUUAAUAAAAUAGAAUUUCUUGAAUAAAAGAUGCUGAAUUUUGUCAUAAGCGGUCAAACAGCCUAAUUUUCAAUCAGAUUUUCUUAUAUUUUAUUAAUAAAAACAAUUUCACUGUA